UGAAUUCCCGUAGGAAACGGCUUGCAUUUUUUUCCCUCAGCAGCUAGCGGUGUGUAAAUGGGACAGUUUAUCACUUAGGUUUUAAUUUUUAAAUUCUCUUUUCGUUAUCCGGCACAGAGCAGUGACAUUUGGAAAGGACACCAGGGGAGCAGAUUUUAAAACGGGGCUUGUGUGUGGUAGUAACUGGGGGGGGGGGGAGAAAAAGAAGUUGAAUGGAUCCGAGGGUAGCUUGGAUUCAGCCCGAACAGAAAGGACCUGCGAACGCCUUAUGGAUGCACGUCUGGGAGACCUCUCAGGGAGCACGGACACUCUCAUCCGCCCAGCACCAGAACUACAACCAGUGUGUGAAAUACGGUACGUUGGGGGGUUUAAAAAAUGUGGCAUCGAGCAAGAGCAGCAGCAGCAGCCAUCACAGCAUCACUAGUACUGCGAUUUCCUCCCUGGAUAUAAGGCUGUCCAACGAGAACUCUUUCUCCGGCACUGAACCAGAGGGGAAAUCCUUGCUCCAGAAAACGGGAAUCUCAUCCACCACCUCCUCGCAGGAAUCCCGUACCCCUUCCAGCUGUGAGAGGACUAUGGGUGGAAAUGUAACAGGCAAUAUUAAUAAUACAAAUAAAAACGUCGGGGGUGCCAAUCUCCUCCUCCACGGCAUGGAUAAUAAUGUCUAUCAGCACCCGGCUUUCCAGCAGCUUUGCAUGAAGCGCCAUCAGGUUCACCCCUCCGUACCUGAAAACCCCACACACAACCACCAUCCGGGCCGGAGGAAAAGUGAAAACAAAGCGAGCACUUAUGGGAUGAAUUACUUGCUUUCAAACUGCACUAAUGGCAAUUAUACGUGCACUUCUUGGACGCCAUGGAAGACGAGGAAGUACAACCCUGGGGUCCUGGGACUCCACGAGGAGGUGAUUGACUUCUACAACUUCAUGUCUCCUCGCCCAGAGGAAGCAGCUAUGAGGAAGGAGGUGGUGAAGCGGAUAGAGAUGGUCAUCAAGGAGCUGUGGCCCACUGCAGACGUCCAGAUAUUUGGUAGCUUCAGCACAGGGCUGUACCUUCCGACCAGUGACAUUGACCUGGUGGUGUUUGGGAAGUGGGAUCGACCCCCGCUGCAAGAACUGGAACAAGCUCUUCGCAAACAUAAUGUGGCCGAACCUUUCUCCAUUAAAGUGCUGGACAAAGCUACGGUGCCAAUCAUCAAGCUGACCGACCAGGAGACAGAGGUGAAGGUGGACAUCAGCUUCAAUGUGGAGACGGGCGUCAAGGCGGCGAGCUUCAUUAAAGAUUAUGUCAAGAUGUAUCCCGUGCUGCCUUACCUGAUCUUUGUCCUGAAGCAGUUCCUGCUGCAGCGGGAUCUAAACGAAGUCUUCACCGGGGGAAUCAGCUCGUACAGCCUCAUCCUCAUGGUCAUCAGCUUCCUACAGCUCCAUCCACGCAUCGACGCCAGAAACCCCAAUGAGAAUUUGGGCGUGCUGCUGAUCGAGUUCUUCGAGUUGUACGGCCGCCACUUCAACUACUUGAAAACAGGGAUUCGCAUCAAAAACGGAGGCGGGUACCUAGCCAAAGAGGAGAUCAUGAAGUCCAUGACCAACGGCUACAGGCCGUCCAUGCUCUGCAUAGAGGACCCGCUGCUCCCAGGCAAUGAUGUGGGGAGGGGUUCCUAUGGUGCCAUGCACGUCAAGCAGGUGUUCGACUACGCCUACACUGUCCUGAAUCACGCCGUGACCCCGCUCGCUCGCUCCUAUCCCAACAAAGACUCCGAAAGCACCAUGGGAAGGAUCAUCCGGUUGACCCAGGAAGUGAUCGACUACAGGGAAUGGAUCAUUAAGAAGUGGGGGGGGCGGGAUCUGGCACGGACAGACAACAGAGUUUCCCCUCCCAAGGAGCCGGAGCCCUGCGUGCUGGGUGGGGGUGUCGGGCUGGAGGAGCAGCAAAGGGAUUCCGCCUCUCCCCACAGCGCAGACUCCCCCAUGUCCAUCUCCAGCCCCCAGCAGCACUCCUCUGUCUCCGUCUCCUCGCUGUCGGGAUCAGACAACGACUCGGAUUCAGCGCUGCCGUGUCCCGUCCCUCCGCCCACCAUGCCACCGUUCCCGUCUUUCCCGCCUCUGGGUCUAGCUCUGCCCCCGGGCCUCAGCCUAGGCAAACACGGCAUGGGGGGGCACCACCACCUCAUCCUGCAUCCAGGCUCACAGGCUCGCGUCUCGCUGCCCGGUGGUCUAGCCAUGCACUCCAUACCUGGCAGACAGGUGUGUAUAGACACCGGGCUCCCCCACUUCUUCCACAUGCCCCCCCCAGCCCACGGUCAUGCCCCCGCCCCCUCCAGCCCCCAGCCUCUGUCCAGCCCCCACUCCAGCCACACACACAAGAAUGGCGUGAAGUUCAACGUGAAGGGCUUCCACAACCCGCCGCUGGUCAACAACCCCGUGCUGAUUAACCGCGGACACACACACACUCACUCUCACACACAGUACCACCGCAACACGUGGCGGCGCAGGAAGAGGGACAGCCUACCAGUCAGCCUCAGCAGAUAGAAACCACUCCUCUUCCUCCCCCACGUCUGCCCCCUAUUUCUCUGGAUGCAAACCCCCCCCCCCACACCCUCCGUCAGUCUCUGAGGAGGACCGAGGACCAGCAGUUUCCGGGCUGCCGCGACACAGAACGACAGCCCCUCAGCAUCUUCUUCCUAAAAUCCCUACCUUUCCAUCCCUGCAUGACUCCCUUUGAGUUCUCAGUAUUAUGUUCCUUUCAGUAUUCCUCCCCAUCUCGGUUUCAGGUCUCUCACUGUUGUUGUUGUUUUGUUUUCGACUGACUUGGUGGUGACGCCGUUGCCAAGUUCACCUGACCUCGUCUGCCUCUGGUUCAGUGUUCCUUUUUUAAUGUUCUUUUUUUUUACAGUUUAUACUCUUAAGAACAAACUUUUCAUUUGUGCAAUAAUGUUAUGUUUCUUUCGGAAACUAAAGUAAAUGCUUAUUUAAUUUGUGUGUGUAUAUGUAAAGGCAUUUUUAUACAGUUGUUUUAUUUUUGUAGAGUUUUAAAUUUUGUUUACGAAUCCUUUCCUGAGGCAGCAUCUCUGGAGUGUGUGUGCAAGUGUGUACCAUAGUUGUUUAUGUAUGUGUGAGUGUGUGUGUGCUGUCUGUCAGGUUGAGACGGACCCCCGUUCAGACCCCCACCCCCUCCUCCUUCUCUUCUCUCUUUCCUCGAUAUUCCCUCCACUUUCCUUCGUCUGUCUUGUGAAAAAUGGGCGAGGUUAACAAGGAAUUCCUCCUGGAAGUUUUGUUCCUCAGCCCAGUUGAUCUAAGGCAGGGGUGUCCAAACUACAACCCGGGGGCCAAAUGCGGCACGCAGGCCAUUUUGAAUCGGCCCUCAGCAAAUUCUAAAAGUAUAAUGCAAUAUGGCCCAUACUUUAAACUUCAGCUUGUCUUAUAUUGUACUUCUCAAAUAUAUGUUUACAUAUAUUAAUGAGCCCAAUUUCAAAUAAAUCCAGUCAUUUAGAAUGUAAAACAUUGUAGUUGAUAAAAAAAAAAAGCCCAAUAACUUCCAUAACAAGCUUGAAAUCUAACCUUCAUAUUUACUCUUAUUAUAAACAAUCUGAUGCUUCUGUUUUAAGGAAUGAGCUGCCAACACAAUUAAUGAAACCCUUAAGAGAGAUGGGAUGUAGGCAGUUUUUUCCUUAAACCAUUUGAAAGUAUCGGGCAUUAUUCGCCUACAUUUGAUCUGUUUUGCUAAUCUGUAACCUAACUUAUGAGGCAAUAUUCACCUUUAUAAGUGGCCCAGCUCUUUUUCUGUAUGUGGCCCUCGGUGAAAAAAGUUUGGACACCCCUGGUCUAAGGCAUCCUGGAGGGAAGUGAAGGGAUGGAAAAUUGCACCCUGGGAAAUCCUGAGAAACAAGAGGAGAGGGUGUCAUUCUGUUUUGGCCUAGAAGAGCAGAUCUAGCGGUGCCACCUUGAGAUUGUUUGUUUUUUUAUCUCUCCGUAAGCGUGGCCAUCUUUCACUCAAACGGAGGAGAUUUUUAAGGGAACGGGAAGAGCCUGUUCGGUUAAACAUGUCCUAUUUGUGCUCGUCUCUCUUUAUGACGGGUUGUGGCCAAGAAAGCAACAGCUUAUCUGACUUGAAUUUGAAGAUUAGGGAAACAGGGCCUCAGAGAAAUCCUCGUAGUCUCUCCGGUCGAAGGGACCUGGUUGUUGGAGCGCUAGGCUCUUGUCCGCAGCUGUAAAAGAGUGCAGACCAACACUUAGAUGCUCAGCGAUAAGGUUUUCCCCUUCAUGCUCCCGGACAAAGGAGAUGGAGGGAGGGGGUGUCUUCCUGAACCAAUGACCCUAGUGAAAGGGAAUUUUAUUUUGAUUCCAUUCAGGAAUCUCCUGUAUAUUCAAUUGCCAGGUACUUCCGCUAAUUGUUUGCAAUGCCUUUCUUUGUGUUUACUUGGAGUGUGUGUUCGUCGUUUCAUGUGAGACACACACUCGCAGGCAGGACUGUCGAAGGCUGUGACUCGCCCCGAACACGGCACACACACUGGUGUUAUUACUAUGCAAGUGGAUUAUUCUAAUUAUUGUCUUGUCUCUCCAUUUUUGUCUCUUUUUUUUCUCCAUAUGACAAACACUGCUUGUUGGACUCGUGUUACUGACUGUCAAGACUCGUAAGCCAUGGCAUCUUUCUCCCCCUCCCCCCCCCGUUGUCUUGAAUCAAGGUCCCGCUAUGUUUCAAAGUCUAGUUUUCUACAUCUAUCAGUCUAAUGUAAGGAAUGGGGAUGUAAAUGUCAGUGGUCUGUGUCGUGCGUGACAAAGUGAAACGUGUGUGAGGAAGUAUCGAGACUCAUGACUUUAUUCAUUUUUAAAAAUCAGACUGCUCAUGAGCGGGAGCGCCCAGAGAGCGACUUGCACUCUGCAGGUGCACUUCAGAGAGUGUCCAAAAACAAUUCUCCAGUGCUGUUAGAAUAUUUAUGUUUACCUCUUCUUUUUAAAACCAUGGCAACUCAGUCAGAACCGCACCUGGCAUCAUUUCUCAGAUGAAGGUUUCCUGAUUUGACCGCGGAUGAUGAGCUAACCAUCACCUCUAACAGCUUCCAUCCGCCCUUUGGUGCAUGAAUACUCAGUUACAUAAAAUCCUACCCCCCCAUAAACAAAUUGGAUGUAGUUUUAAACUGCAUCCCUGUCGGCCAUGUUAGCUUUUUAGAGAUAUGAACGACCGUUGGUUAAGAGGCUGACAAUGGAAUUGGUAAAAGUUGAUAGUUGACUGGUUGGUUGCCAGCAUCUCCACAGAAAAGACUUGACAUGCAGUAUCCGAAGAAGUCUGUACCGAUUGAAGUCUCAGUGGUUUCGGUUGUGCUCUGAUUCUCCAGAUUGGCGGGAAAACAAAGCGUCAGAGAGACAGCCGGGGCCGCUGAGAUUUCAGCGUACACAUGAACAUGUAGAUGCAGUGAUAUAAGAGCCCUCGUUGCAAAACCAUGAGGGAUUUUAAACUGGCGGCUGCUGUUUUAGAGAGAAGCGGCAGCCCCUCUUUGUCCUGGCUGAUUCCUGUGAGCAGUGGCCCUCUGAAUGCACACUAAGCUACCGGUGGACAGAGGGACCCCCUGCUCAGCUUGUGGUUGUUCUUUCUUCUUUUUUUUUUGGGUUGUUUUUUUGACAUUUGUAUGUAAAUAUAUUUUUUUCUAUUUUAUUUUUUAAUAAACAUUUUAAAACUGCCA